ACCCUAGAUUGCAUGCGUCUGAGACUCCACCCUUAGCAUUUUCGCCCGCUGGUAACUUAAUUAAAGCUUCAUACAUGCUUUUGAUUGCACGCGUCUGAGACUCCACCUGCGGAAUUUUCGCUCUCCUUCCACCGCUCGUAACUUAAUUAAAGCUUCAUACAUGCUUUUGAUUUGUUUGUAGCGAGUAGGAAGAUCAGGUUUGGUUUAGAAUGAGCCUUUUUUUCAGAUUAGGGAUAUUCCUAUCCCUGCUUCUGCUAAUCCCAACACCGUCUCAGUCAGCUGUUUCAAGCAUAGAUCUAGGUUCAGAAUGGAUCAAAGUCGCCGUAGUAAACCUAAAACCCGGGCAGAGUCCAAUCUCGGUCGCGAUCAACGAAAUGUCUAAACGCAAAUCCCCGGCAUUGGUCGCAUUUCAAUCUGGAAACCGCCUAAUCGGUGAAGAAGCGGCUGGGAUAGUCGCCCGCUAUCCCGACAAAGUUUAUUCCUUUAUCCGGGAUAUGAUUGGCAAACCCUACAACAAAAUUCAAGAUUUUCUCGGGAAAAUGUACUUACCAUAUAAUAUAGUGGAAGAUUCUAGAGGCACGGCCACGAUUAGAUUCGAUGAUGGUACUGUUUUUUCUCUGGAGGAGCUGGAAGCUAUGACUUUAAGUUACGCGAUCAAAUUAGCAGAGUUUCACUCCAAGGUUCCAGUUAAGGAUGCGGUGAUUGCGGUGCCUCCAUAUUUCGGGCAGGCAGAACGCAGGGGGUUGCUUACUGCCGCGCAAUUGGCGGGUGUUAAUGUGCUUGCGCUAAUUAAUGAGCAUUCGGGUGCGGCAUUGCAAUAUGGGAUUGAUAAGGAUUUCUCGAAUGGAUCGAGGCAUGUUGUGUUUUAUGAUAUGGGAUCAAGUAGUACCUAUGCUGCACUUGUGUAUUUUUCUGCUUAUAAUGCCAAGGAGUAUGGAAAGACGGUCUCGGUCAACCAAUUUCAGGUUAAGGAUGUUAGCUGGGAUCCAGAGCUUGGUGGCCAAAAUAUGGAAAUGCGUUUAGUGGAGUAUUUUGCAGAUGAGUUCAACAAACAAGUUGGAAAUGGAGUUGAUGUGAGGAAGUUCCCCAAGGCAAUGGCUAAAUUGAAGAAACAGGUUAAGCGGACAAAAGAAAUUCUAAGUGCGAACACGGCUGCUCCAAUAUCAGUAGAAUCCCUCUAUGAUGAUCGAGACUUCAGGAGUGCCAUAACUCGUGAGAAGUUUGAGGAGCUCUGCGAAGAUUUGUGGGAGAGAUCUCUUAUUCCUGUGAAGGAAGUGCUUAAGAAUUCAGGUUUGAAGGUUGAUGAGAUAUAUGCAGUGGAGCUGAUAGGAGGUGCCACUCGAGUGCCAAAGUUGCAGGCAAAGCUUCAGGAAUUUCUUGGAAGGAAGGAUCUGGACAGACAUCUGGAUGCUGAUGAAGCUAUAGUUCUUGGUGCUGCACUACAUGCUGCAAAUUUAAGUGAUGGAAUCAAAUUGAAUCGCAAGCUAGGAAUGGUUGAUGGUUCUUCAUAUGGACUCAUGGUUGAGUUAGAUGGCCCUGGUCUUUUGAAAGAUGAGAGCACUAGACAGUUAAUUGUCCCAAGAAUGAAAAAACUCCCCAGUAAGAUGUUCAGAUCCAUUAUCCAUGACAAAGAUUUUGAUGUUUCACUUUCAUAUGAGGAUGAAGAUCUUUUACCACCUGGUGUUUCCUCUCCUAGAUUUGCUCAGUAUGCCGUGUCUGGUUUGGCAGAUGCUAGUGCAAAAUAUUCUUCUCGGAACCUGUCCUCUCCCAUCAAGGCAAAUCUGCAUUUCUCUCUUAGUAGAAGUGGGAUACUUUCUCUGGAUCGAGCAGAUGCUGUUAUUGAAAUAACAGAAUGGAUUGAAGUUCCCAAAGUGAAUGUGACUCUGGAGAAUUCAUCUGCUGCAUCCCCCAAUAUUUCAGUUGAAACAAGUCCUCAUAAUGCUUCAGAAGACAGCAAUGAAAACUUGCAUGCUGAUGGCGGGAUUGAUAACACAUCCAAUGCCACUGAAAAUCAAAGUGACAAGGAUCUUGGCACAGAAAAAAAACUGAAAAAGCGAACAUUUAGGGUUCCACUGAAGGUAGUUGAGAAGACAGUGGGACCUGGAAUGCCACUUUCAAAAGAAUUAAUUGCUGAAGCUAAACGCAAGUUGGAAGCAUUGGACAAAAAGGAUGCCGAGCGGCGUAGAACUGCAGAGUUAAAAAAUAAUCUGGAAGGAUACAUCUAUACUACUAAAGAAAAGCUUGAAUCAUCUGAGGAGUUAGAGAAGAUAUCAACCACUCAGGAACGCCAGUCCUUUAUUGAAAAGCUUGAUGAGGUGCAAGAAUGGUUGUAUACUGAUGGUGAAGAUGCUACAGCUGCUGAGUUUCAAGAACGUCUAGAUUUGUUAAAAUCUAUUGGUGACCCAAUAUUUUUCAGAUUGAAUGAGCUUACUGCACGGCCAGCGGCAAUGGAAGAUGCUCGCAAAUACCUUGGUCAGCUGAAACAGAUUGUACAGGACUGGGAGACAAAGAAACCUUGGCUUCUAAAAGAUAAAAUAGAUGAGGUCCUGAGUGAUGGUGACAAGGUCAAAAAUUGGUUGGAAGAGAAAGAGGCCGAGCAGAAAAAGACUUCUGGAUUCAGCACUCCUGCAUUUACCUCAGAU